GGCAGCGGCCGUGGCGCUCAGCGGCGGGCGGGCGGCGCCGGCGGUGCCCCGGGCGCGCACACACACAUACACACACACAUACACACACACACACACAUACACACACACACACACUCACGCACGCACGCACACACACACACACAUACACACACAUACACACCACACACACACCGCCUCGUACACACUCACACACGCUCCGGCGCGCACACGCGGCGCGCAGGCCAGAGGGAGGAGGCUCCGCGCGGCUCGGCGGCGGCGGCGGCGGCGGCAGCGUGCUCCGCGGGCGGCCGGGAGGGCUGGCGGGCGGCCCCCGCUCCCCGGCUCCGCGGCUCCGUGCAGCCCGCGCGGCCCCCGCCCUCGGACCCGCCCCCGGGGGUCGCCCGGCCCCAUGCCCUGCAGCGGCGGCAGAGCAGCGCGCGGCCGCUGGCGGCUCUGAGGAGCCCGGAGGGAGCCGGCGACGAGGGGACCAUGUACCGGGACCCGGAGGCGGCCAGCCCAGGGGCGCCCACCCGCGAUGUCUUGCUGGUCUCUGCAAUCAUCACCGUCAGCCUUAGCGUCACUAUCGUCCUCUGCGGCCUGUGCCACUGGUGUCAGCGCAAACUGGGCAAGCGCUACAAGAACUCCUUGGAGACGGUGGGCACGCCAGACUCUGGGCGUGGGCGCGGUGAGAAGAAAGCCAUCAACGACCUAGACAGAGACUUUUGGAAUAACAAUGAAAGCACAGUGCAGCAGAAAUGGAGUUCCUAUCCUCCCAAGGAGUUUAUUCUAAACAUUUCACCCUACGCCCCUUAUGGCGACCCUCGACUGUCCCUCAAUGGCACCCUCCUGUCAGGCGCCAAAGUGGCCACUGCAGCGGCGGGGCUGGCGGUGGAGCGGGAAGGCCGGCUGGGGGAGAAGCCGGCGCCGGUGCCACCACCCGGAGAGGACGCCUUGAGAAGCGGCGGGGCUGCCCCCAGCGAGCCGGGCAGCAGUGGCAAGGCGGGGAGAGGCCGUUGGCGGAUGGUGCAGAGCCACCUGGCCGCAGGGAAGCUCAACUUGUCCAAUUUCGAGGACUCCACCCUGUCCACGGCCACUACCCUUGAGUCUAUCCCCAGCUCCGCGGGAGAGCCGAAAUGCCAGCGACCCCGCACACUGAUGCGGCAGCAGAGCCUUCAGCAGCCGCUGAGCCAGAGCCAGAGGGGCCGGCAGCCCAGCCAGCCCACCACCAGCCAGAGCCUGGGCCAGCUGCAGGCCCACGCGGCCUCAGCACCGGGCUCCAACCCCCGGGCCUAUGGUCGGGGUCAGGCUCGGCAGGGCACUUCAGCCGGCUCCAAGUACCGGGCAGCUGGGGGCCGCAGCCGCUCCAACCCAGGCAGCUGGGACCACGUGGUGGGGCAGAUUCGAAACCGAGGCUUGGACAUGAAAUCCUUCCUGGAAGGCCGGAUGGUGGUGCUAUCCCUGGUAUUAGGGCUUUCGGAACAGGAUGACUUUGCCAAUAUCCCUGACCUGCAAAACCCAGGAACCCAGCAGAACCAGAACGCUCAGGGGGACAAGAGGUUGCCUGCAGGAGGGAAGGCUGUGAAUACAGCCCCAGUGCCAGGCCAGACGCCACACGAUGAGUCUGACCGCAGAACGGAGCCCCGUUCCUCUGUCUCGGACCUCGUCAACUCCCUCACCAGCGAGAUGCUCAUGCUCUCCCCAGGCUCCGAGGAGGACGAGGCCCAUGAGGGCUGCAGCCGAGAGAACCUGGGCCGCAUCCAGUUCAGCGUUGGCUACAACUUCCAGGAGUCCACGCUCACCGUGAAGGUCAUGAAGGCCCAGGAGCUUCCAGCCAAGGACUUCAGUGGUACCAGUGACCCGUUCGUCAAGAUCUACCUGCUACCCGACAAGAAGCACAAACUCGAGACCAAGGUGAAGCGGAAGAAUCUGAACCCACACUGGAACGAGACCUUUCUGUUUGAAGGGUUUCCCUACGAGAAAGUGGUGCAGAGGGUCCUCUACCUCCAGGUCCUGGACUAUGACCGUUUCAGCCGCAAUGAUCCCAUUGGGGAAGUGUCAAUCCCUCUCAAUAAGGUGGACCUGACUCAGAUGCAGACCUUCUGGAAGGAUCUGAAGCCAUGCAGCGAUGGGAGUGGGAGCCGAGGGGAGCUGCUCUUGUCUCUCUGCUAUAACCCCUCUGCCAACUCCAUCAUCGUGAACAUCAUCAAAGCUCGCAACCUCAAAGCCAUGGACAUUGGGGGCACAUCAGACCCCUAUGUGAAGGUGUGGCUGAUGUAUAAAGACAAGCGGGUAGAGAAAAAGAAGACAGUGACGAAGAAGAGGAACCUGAACCCCAUCUUCAACGAGUCUUUUGCCUUUGACAUCCCCACGGAGAAGCUGAGGGAGACCACCAUCAUCAUCACUGUCAUGGACAAAGACAAGCUCAGCCGCAAUGAUGUCAUUGGCAAGAUCUACCUGUCCUGGAAGAGCGGACCAGGUGAAGUAAAACACUGGAAGGACAUGAUCGCUCGUCCCCGGCAGCCUGUGGCCCAGUGGCACCAGCUGAAAGCCUGAGUGGGGCCAAGGGAGGCCUUAAGGGCCAAGGCCUGGGUCCCCAUCAUGUCCCUACCACUUUAUGCACAAUGCACAGCCCGGCCCCCCUGCCAUGGGUGAGGGGAGAACCCUGAGGGCUCAGCCAGGAAGGGGUACCAGAACUCUACUGGGCCCCAUUUCUAGGAAGUACCAGCCCCACCCCCAUGAGUCCAACUUGGGAGUGAGGGCUCUGGGAGACAUUUCCCUGCUUUGCCUCUUUCUUUCUUGAUUUGCUGAUACUAAAGAAGUGGGGGAAGCUCAAGAGCCAGAUGGGCAGAUGGGCAGAUCCCUCCAGAGGCCCGCCAGGUGGGCAUAGCCCUCCGUUUUCUUUAAGGCAGUGCCUGGAGUGGAGAGAAGCCACCCCUUUCUAGCCCUCCUUUUUGGGGCCCAGGAGAGGAAGGCUGAGGCGUUUGGCCUCAGCCUGGUCAUCAGGCCCACCCCCAGCUUCAGGUGCCGGCUGGGCCCUGGACGCCAAGGAUAGUAUAUAGCCUGUGCUCCAGGGUCCUGGAGACGUGGCCCUGUGUAUUUGUGUUGUGUCUACUGUGUGCGUGCGUGUGUGUGUGUGUGUGUGUGUGUGUGUGUGUGUGUGUGUGUACGUGUACCCAUGCGUGUGCACACGUGCAUGUGUAAGCUCAUGUGCACAUGUGUGUAAGGGGGUGCUCACUCCCUCUCCCCUGGGGCUGGCAGCGCUGACUGGCUGUGGAGAGUAGCAGAGUUUCAUGAGGAUGAAGUGGGACUGGGUCAGGUAGAGGUCAAGGUCACAGGGAAGGUAGGAGAGGAAAGGUAUGGAUAGCUGACUAGAAGGAGUGGGGGCCAAGGCAGAUGCUUCAGCUGCCUCCUGGCACCCACUUUGCCUGUCUCUGUAGCCCCCACCCUCCUAAUUCCCCAGUAGCAAUUUCCCGUUACAAUGUUAUUUCUUGGGCCUGGGCUUACACUCUGUAGGUACCUAUUCACUCACCGUGUGCAUGGCCUUCCACUCCCAUCCUUCUCAGGCAUCCCUAACCCCUUACCCAGGGACUCUCACCUUCCCAGAUCUCAUAUUCCAGCCAAGUUGGCAUCUGCUCCACGCUCUCUGGCUUGGAUACAGCCCCUUGUCCCCACUCCUCACCCCAACACCUCCAUCCCUUUAUUUGCAUAAUCUGAUCUUUCCCAGGCUGUCUUGGUACAACCCCCUACCCUUCCUGAUCCCCCCUCCAAAGUAGUAGCUCUUUCUGCCCCUCCCACCCACCAUGCAAGCAGAGGAAACAGGGAACAUUCCAGGAGUCUGAAGUUGCCAUACCCAAAGAAGCUGCCGUUUCUCCUCCGAGCCUCUGCUGAGACUGGAGAUGGCCUCCCCUUGGAAACAGACUCCACAGUGAUCCCUCUGAAGUCCUGUCAUCCCUCUAUGCUGUACUGAGAAAAGAGCCAGCCAGUGACAGAGCUUUAAAACCAGUUCAGACUUGAGCCCAACAUUCCCAGAACCUACCACGAGGUGGCACCAGAGCACCACAUCUGUGGUAGCAGUUGGGACCACAGUUCUACCCCUGGCUGGUAGUAAGCCUGACACCCCGGGGAAGGAAGGGGCUCUGGACUGGAUCUGCAUAUCCAGAGCCCAGUGGAAGCAUAGAUAUUUGAGCACAUUUCCCCCCAGUGGGCUUCCCCUGAAGCUCAGCUUUCUGCUCUAGGCAGCGAGAUCUCCUUUUGCCCAUAUCAAAAUGUUCUUAAAUUGAAUUUCACACCCGGUUCCCUGGGACCUCUUAUGUAGUAGGCGAAUCAUUUGUAGAGUGAAAAAUUCCAUUGUAAAAAAAAAAAAAAAGUUACCCAUGUUACUUGUAAAGCUAAAUGUUUCCCUACUGCAGCUUUUGCUUUAAGUGGGAUCUGCUCCAACUGCCUUGCCCAGCUGGGUGUAGCCCCCAGAAAGGGACCCCAGAGGCUGUGUGGAAAUAGAAGAGGGUACUAUCAAGAGUCUAGAAAUUUGAGAGCAAUUGCUCCCAUCCUUCCCUCCAUCUGCCUCGGUCUCCUGAGCACUCCCACAGAACCAUCUGAGGGACCCAAGCAACUUGCACCAGUAAGAAUGGCAGCAGAUUUAUGCGAGGCUCGCACCUCUUAGCCAGUCAGCUCAGAGAGCAUCCCACACACACAGCUAUUCCCCCUCAGACCCUACCUAGGUCUGACCCAACCUGGAAUUCCCCUACAUGUAGCUGGAGUGAGGGAUACCAGCAAGAGGCUCCAAAUGCUGAGCAAAGAGCAGAGUGGAUUUGCACAAGAAGCAGCUGGCUGAUAGGAAUCUGAGCAUAAGAAAGUUAGGGUAAUGGCGGGGGUGGGGGGGUGGGAGGGAACAGAGAAACGGAGGAACUUGAGGGUGGGGAGGACACCAGAGCUCUGCCACCACCAUCCUAGGAUCUUGGGCAAGUCACCCACACUCCCUGGGCCUCAGUUUCUCCAUCUGUAAAAUGAUGGUAAUAAUACUUCACCUACCUCAUGGGGGAGGUUGUGAGGCCACCAUCACCUGACCUAGGGGAUCAAGGCAGGAGGGCUCUGAAGGUGCCACCCAGAGCAAAGUUGUCACUGAUGCCUGAAAGCAAAGCCCACCUGCCCAUCCACCCUGCCCCACAGAGCCUCUAGGGACCACCAGAGCCGAUCUGUCUCUUCACUGUGUCCCGAGCCCCUUAAUGGGCAUCAUCUGACAUCUUGUGGGCACCCUAGACUUAGCUGUUGUGUUGUUUAGGUAUCCUUGUGACCAUCACCCAUGUAACUGCUAUACAAAUUCCACCUGCCCGAGCAUACCCCUCCACCUGCCCUCCGGCACCAGAGGCCAGGGAAGGGACAAAGGAAAACAGCCACAAAAGAAAAAAUAAUAAUAAUAAUAAUAGCCAAGGGAUUCCCAGCUCAGCUGGGGGCCCCAGGGGUGGGAAUUGGUGGCGCUGUUUGUAUUGUGUUUGAGUCCUUGAGCGCAAGUGUUUUAUAAAAAAUAAAACAAAAAUCGACUAUCACAAAAAAAGAAAAAAAAAUACAGCAAAGAGAAAUGAAGAAAAAAAGGAAAAAAGAACCAUACAAAAAUUUCCACCAUAUGCACCCUCUAAGCCAGCAAAAUUUUCCUCUUUGCAAAACCAUAUUUUUGUGGGAAUGGGCCCUGCUUUUUGCGGCAAGGCCUGUUCUGAUUAAUAAAGGAUCGUGAAAAAGUA